CAAAAGUGAAAAGACAAAAGAAAACGCAAAAGAGUGUCAUCUUCUUCUAUAUGCUCUUCUUAUCUUCCAAAAUCAAGAACAAUAGAAUAUUCAAUAUUCUCGUCCCUAUUCCAUUUCAAUCCUGUUCAACAAAACCCCAGAUAGACAAUCGAUCUUCGUCUUCAUGUGGCGAUGAAAUUCGGUAAAGAAUUCGGAAUCCAUCUCGAACAAACCCUACCUGAAUGGAAAGACAAGUACUUGUGUUACAAACCCCUUAAAAAGCUUCUCAAAAACCUUCCUAAUCCCACCGUCGAUGACGCCAACGACCACCCUCAACCAUAUCGAAACCCUACCGGAGUUAACGCCGACCGCAAUCUACCACCUCUGCCGCAUCACUUAGCGGAAAUCCAACACUGGUUUGUCAGGAUUCUCAAUGAAGAACUCGAUAAGUUCAACGAUUUCUAUGUUGAUAAAGAGGAAGAAUUCGUCAUCCGAUUUCAGGAGUUAAAACAAAGAAUCGAGCUAGUAAAGGAGAAAAGCUGCAAAGAUGGAGUGUUUACAUCAGAAAGCGAAUUCAGUGAUGAGAUGAUGGAAAUACGUAAAGACUUUGUCACGAUUCAUGGGGAAAUGGUGCUUCUCAAGAACUACAGCUCCUUAAACUUUGCAGGUAUUAUCAAGAUACUAAAAAAAUACGACAAAAGAACGGGUGGACUACUUCGUGUACAUUUUACACAACUUGCUCUUCGCCAACCCUUUUUCACCACAGAACCUCUCACAAGGUUGGUGCACGAGUGUGAAGAAAAUCUCGAACUCCUCUUCCCUUUAGAAGCAGAAGUAAUCGAAUCCACAAGCAGAACAACCACCACCACAACACCAUUAGCACUUGGUGAAGAAACUUCAGAUGUCUAUAGACGUACAGUCGAUGCUAUUAAGACAAUAAAGGGUCUUAAAAAGGAAAGUUCAACUUCAAAUCCGCUAUCGUUUGCUUCUAUUUUUGGUAACCAAGAUAUUGAUACGGGUGCUGUGACUGCUGAAGAUUCGCGUUCUGACUCUUCGGGUUGUGAUAAUAUUGAACAAGAUUAUGAUGAUGGCCAUUCGGCUUAAUAAGGGCGAUGCAUUUUGGACAUGUCUAUAUUUUUUUGUGUUUGUAUGUCUCUUUUUUGUUAGGGAGUUUUAAGUUUUUAAAUAGUACUUUUUUUGUGUUAGUUGUUUUGUUUUGAUUUGGUAAAUAAGAAAAAAAAGUAAAAAAUGUUUGUUAAUGCAA